UUGACUCCCCGAAGCUGAUAUUCCUUACUGGAAAGCGACGCUCCCAUACGACGCCGCCGCCGACACUUGCGCGCUCCUCCUCCUCCCUCCUCCCUCCUCCCCGCUCCCCUCUCCUCUUCCUCCUCCUCCGGCUGCGCUCGGCCGCCUCGCGCCAGUCUCGCUCGCCGUCGGCCUUCCAUCCGCGGCCGGAAAUGAGUCGUCAACCCGAGGUUCUUUGGGCGCAGAGGUCAGACAGGGUGUACCUUACCAUUUCUUUGCCCGAUGCGAAGGAUGUCUCGGUGAAAUGCGAGCAGCAGGGUUCGUUCAGUUUCUCGGCCGUUGGGGUGCAGGGGGAACCCUUCAGUUUCAGCUUGCAACUGUAUGGAGCGAUAGUGGCGGAGGGUUGUAAGACAAAAAUGGGGCUGAGGAAUAUAUUCUGCACGAUCCAGAAAGAGCAGAAAGGUUGGUGGAAAAGACUUUUGAAGACGGAAGAAAAACCAGCACCUUACCUGAAGGUUGACUGGAACAAAUGGUGUGAUGAAGAUGAGGAAUCAUCUUCUGAUUUAGGAUCUGAUGGCGAUGAUGCUACGUAUGGAGGUGAAGAUGAUGAAAGCAGUGAUGAUGGAGGAAUGCUCUAUCUUCCUGACUUGGAGAAGGCUAGAGGAAAUUAGUAAAGAAGUAGCGCGAGAGGUCCAUCUCCGGUAUGCACUGUUUGGUGCACUUGAGGAGGUUCGGCAUAUAAUAGGAAGCAACCAGUAGAACUCAUGGAUGCUUGCAGCUUAGCCCAUCAGGUUGUCUACAGUCUCAGCCAAUCUAGAUCAUUACUAUCGACUUCGUUUUGCAUGUGAGUACUUGAGUAUUGAUCCAGCCGCUAUUAAGGGAGGUCUUAUUGCUCUGGUAGCUUCGGCGCAUUUUGUCUCCAGUCUCCCCCGAUCAACGAUCCCGCUCUGAUGUUGAUCUGUGCCGACUUUGCUAACAAGUAACUAAUGCAUGAACUGGACCUAACUUGAUACUCUAGUUGCUCUAUAUGCUAUCAUCCACUAGGAUGAAAUUUAUUUGGCUGAUUAAUUUUCUGCCCUAAUCAGCUGGUUUGGCCAAGAAAACGAAAGGAAAUAAUGAACUGGUGUUUGGUCA